GCGCGGGCGGGAGGAGGCGCUCAGGCCGGCGACGCCCCUCGAGGAAGUCUGCCCUUUAAUUCCGAGCGGGGAUCCGCGGGCUCGGCCUUUGCGAGGCGACGGGCGUGCAGCGGGGACGUGCUACCCGGCAGCUCCGUGCGCUUGGCUCCGCGGUCAUGGGCGGAGCGGCCUCCAGCCAGCUGGACGAGGGCAAGUGCGCCUACAUCCGAGGGAAAACUGAGGCUGCUAUUAAAAACUUCAGUCCCUACUACAGUCGUCAGUACUCAGUGGCUUUCUGUAACCAUGUGCGCAGCGAAGUUGAACAACAACGAGAUCUUGCAUCACAAUUUUUGAAGACCAAGCCACCACUGGAGCCUGGAGCUGUGCUGUACGAAGCAGAGCUCUCACAGUUUGCAGAAGACAUAAAGAAAUGGAAAGACAGAUACGUUGUGGUUAAAAAUGAUUUUUCUGUGGAAAGCUAUGAGAACAAAGAGGCCUAUCAAAAAGGAGCUGCUCCUAAAAGCCGAAUUCUUCCAGCUGGUGGCAAGGUGUUAACCUCAGAAGAUGAAUAUAAUGUGUUGUCUGAUAAACAUUUCCCAGAUCCCAUUGCCGCCAGUGAGAAAGAAAAUUCUCAGCCCUUUGUGGUCCUGCCAAAGGCAUUCCCGGUGUACCUAUGGCAGCCCUUCCUGAGACAUGGCUACUUCUGCUUCCACGAGGCUGCUGACCAGAAGAGGUUCAGCACGCUCCUGAGUGACUGCAUCAGGCACCUGAAUCACGAUUAUAUGAAGCAGAAGACAUUUGAAGCCCAAGCCUUUUUAGAAGCUGUGCAGUUCUUCCGACAGGAGAAGGGUCAUUAUGGCUCAUGGGAAAUGAUUGCUGGGGAUGAAAUCCAGGUCCUUAGUAACUUGGUGAUGGAGGAGCUCCUACCAACCCUUCAGACAGAUCUGCUCCCUAAAAUGAAGGGCAAGAAAAAUGACAGGAAGAGGGCCUGGUUUGGGCUCCUGGAAGAAGCCUACAACCUGGUUCAGCACCAAGUCUCGGAAGGAUUAAGUGCCUUGAAGGAAGAAUGCAGAUCCCUGACAAAGGGCCUGGAAGGAACAAUUCGUUCAGACAUGGAUCAGAUUGUGAAUUCAAAGAACUUUUUAAUUGGAAAGAUCAAAGCAAUGGUGGCCCAGCCAGCAGAGAAAACCUGUGGGGAAAGUGUGCAGCCCUUCCUGGCGUCCAUUCUGGAAGAGCUCAUGGGGCCCGUGAGCUCGGGGUUCAGUGAAGUACGCUCACUUUUUGAAAAAGAAGUGGAUGAGCUCAGCCAGAGCUUUCAGACCACCGAGGACAGCACCCGGCUAAGGGAGCACCUAGAUCAGCUUAUGAAUCUGCCACUAGAUUCUGUGAAGAUGGAGCCUUGCUACACUAAGGUCAACCUGCUUCAGGAGCACCUGCAGGAUCUCAAGAGCCGCUUCAGAUUCCCACACGUGGACCUGGUGGUCCAGAGGACACAGAACUACAUGCAGGAGCUAAUGGAGAACGCGGUGUUCACUUUUGAGCAGUUGCUCUUCCCACAUCUCCAAGGAGAGGCCUCCAGGACUGCGGCCGCCCUGGAGAAGGUGAAGCUCCGAGUCCUAAAGCAAUACGAUUAUGACAGCAGUACUAUCCGGAAGAAGAUCUUUCAGGAGGCACUGGUGCAAAUCACGCUUCCCACUAUGCAGAAGGCCCUGGCGUCCACAUGCAAACCGGAGCUUCAGAAAUAUGAGCAGUUCAUUUUUGCAGAUCAUACCAACAUGAUCCAAGUUGAAAAUGUCUAUGAAGAGAUUUUACAUCAGCUUCUCCUGGACGAGACUUUGAAAGUGAUAAAGGAGGCUGCUGUCUUGAAGAAACACAACUUAUUUGAAGACAACAUGGCUUUGCCUAGUGAAAGUGUGUCCAGUUUAACAGAUCUGAAACCCAUCAUAGGAUCAAACCAGGCCAGUCCUGCCAGAACAGUGUCUGCCAUUCUGCCUGGAGCUCUAGAUAGUGAGAACCCGAGUAAUGAAGUGUUCCCGGAGUCAGAGGAAAAGAAGCAGCCUGGAGAUCCCAGUUUAUUGGCCAAACAGGAAAACCUUUCUCGCACCCAGCCCAGCUCUGCCCUGGUUGAGGAUGAGCAGGUGACUAUCUCAAGCACAGAGGACCCUGCUGUGACUCCUGUGGCCGCAGAGCAUGUGGAAGAUACUGUGGGCGUGUGUUCAUCAGAGCCAGAAUUGCAAGGAACCGCUGAGGAUGAGGAGCCCCUCUGUGAAAAGCCAGAAUCCACUUCUGCCUCAAAAUCCUUGAAGGAACUCAGAGAAUUGUUAGUGGUGACUGGGGAAGUGCCAGUGGAGUCUGCUGUGGUGAUUGAAAAAGACACAGAUGAAGAGACACUGGUUCUCCAAGAAAAUGAAAAAGAAGAGGAAAAAACCCAAAUCAGCACAGAAGCCAGUAAGGCAGCUGCCCCACAGGAGGAUAGUCAUGAAGAAAGUGAAGUCAGUCAGAGGGAAGCCCCGUCUCCUCCUCCAGAGGCUGAGGCCCCCACAGUAAACAUGGGAGCAUUUCCUGAGGAGAGCAGCUCUGCUCCUCAGCCAGCCUGUGGCAAGCUCACUGGAGACCUCACCGAGUAUACCAGCUGCCCAGACCCUACUGCAGAGCCAAUGGAGGCCACAGAAUCUUGUGAGAGGGAGCUUGCAGUGAGGGCCGCCACUCUGCAUGCCCACGAAGAAGCGGCCAUGGGGAGUGCUGUUGAGUGCCAGGCCACAUGUCAAGAAGUUGGCACUUUCCAUUCUGACCCCAUCUGUUCCAGGGAGAGCCAGGUUCCUGAGGAACAAGAAGCAACAGAAGGGCGAAGUGUGAUGGCCCCGACUAUGACCAGUGUGGAUACAGAGGCUGUUAAUCCUUCGCCUGUUUUUGAGUGUCAGUGGGUGGUUGAGAAUGCUCCCAACACAGAUGCCCUACAUUCACUUCAAGAUGAUGCGAAGGAGGGAGAAAGUUGUCAGGAGAGCUCCCCAGAGCAGCCCUCAGAGGAGUGAUAAUAGGCACAGUUUGGAAAGUCUUUCUUUGAACAAAGUCAUAGGAUUAUAAUGAUGGGUCUAUGUGGGAGUUGCAUGUGAUUUGCCUGAAAAAAAAAAUUGUGAAAUAUUUCUUUAAUCUGAAUAAUGAAGCGAGAGGAAAUGCACACAGGCUACGAGCACAGAGGCCAAGCUUUGUGGAACUGAACUGCCUCACCAUCCCUUACUGCUUUAGCAUUUUCACAGGAAUCACAAAGGCACGGGCGUGUUGGGGCGACGGGGAGCUGGAGGGGCCCGAGAGAAGCAGCAGUGAUAUAUCGGAGACUGAACGCAGCAGGGGCACAGUUCUCGAUGUUCCACAUGUUUCAGUGGUGCAAUUUUCUACUGCACUUUAAGGCUUUUUAAUGUUUUGUAAGAAUGUAAAUGUAUACUGCAAUUUCUGCCUCACUAUUUGCUCUAUCCACCUCCUGCCCUCUUAAGGACUCAGCAUUUGUGCCUAGUCAGGCUGCAGGCAGGGGAAGGCCAUAAGCACCAGUCACCCCUGAUGUGUGCAGCCCACAGAGCCAUUCAUACCCAGUGUAGAUCUUGGGAGAAACUGAGUAGAAACCACGGGAGGAAAAGCUGUGGUCUAUGGGACUGUUACUAAUUCUGCUAUCAAUUUCUUGUUAACUAACGUGUUGAUUUUUAUCAAUUAAUCACCUUUUAAGGAGAUUCAGAUGAGGCAAGGAAAUUGUAUUGGCAAGUAUAAGCCUGAAAGCAUUCCAAAUUAGUCUUAGACUGCAAAGAGCUCAGCUAAAUAAUCAAGCCUAAAGCCAACCAAUUAAACAAACUUUAUUUGAAUAGGUACUGCAUGCUACAGACUGUAUUCAGCAUAGUAAUAAAGAAAAAGAAAAAAAAGUGAUUUGUCUUAUGUAAAUCAAAAGGCCCAUGAGAAUUUAGAAGAAGAAAUCAUGCCAAUUUUUGAACCAUGAUAGUCUCCCCCAAACCCCAGACAGUCCUGGUUUAUUCUCAGAUACAGAAUGAAUGAAUGAAUACAUGAAUACAAAAGCCAAGGCGUAGACCACCAAGCUCCUAGUGUCACAAAAAUUAGAAAUCGUUUGUUUGGUCAUUCAGCAAAUUAAGUGAGUCCCUGCUAGGUACCAACCACUGGUGAUAGUCUGAAUGACAGUUCUUUUCUUCCUGAAAGGAAAUAGAAAUGUGUUUUCUAAAUGGAUAGUAAGAUGUAACUGUUAAUGUCAAAAAUGGAAUGGAAGGCCGGCCUGAUAGCUCAGCAGACUAAAGCGCCUGCUUAGGCAGAGGGCAGCCGCCAGGGUU